AUGUAUCUGAGACAAUGUCUUGUGGACGAGCGGUACUACCAAGCCAGAGCAGGUGGGAAAACGAGAUCCCAGAUAGGCUGCAGAAUCAAAGCGACUGCAGGGAGAUUGGUUCUAUAUCUGGUGUUGCGGCUCAAAGUGGCCCACUCAAUAAGGCUUCUAUCAGUCCAUCAACUUGAUCACCACCCUUGCAAUCACACUAACUUUGAGCCGGAAAGCUAUCGUUCCUGUGUAAGUUGGAUGCAAGGAGAGCUUGCCUCAGACAGCUCACCAUCUGGCACAGGCGACCUGGUGUCCCUUUCCCAAGAAUCAUUGCCCUGCUUCGACAUGGACUCUCCAACUGACGCGUUCAACGACCAACUCGUCCGACUAGGUACAAACUGCCCGCCUCGCCAGGCUGUUCCGCUACAUGCCCACAACACUUGCUACGUUCUCGUUGGAUUUCAUAGUCCAUCUGCGAAUCAACUCGCCCCCCCGCCGACCUUCGAGGAUCGCCGACCCGUUGAUGGAUGCCCUUGGCCUUUGGACUGGGCAAGAGAUGCGGAGCAUUUUGACGAAGUCCGCCCAUGGCGGGCUUAUAUCCCCAUCGCACUAGACCAUGCUCACCCUGAUCACUGGCUCUUUGGCCUCGCAGCCCAUUCAGACGACAUCGAAGAGGUAGCCCUUCCAGAAGGUGAAGCUUCACGAUGGGUCAUAUCGAGCAGUGCGAAGGAGAUUGCUCGGGAGACCCUUAUCUCCACGCUGGACUUGUCUCUGCUACUCUCCACGCGUGCUGAUUAUCCCUUGGGCCUGAAACAUCCUCAUCCUUCCAUGUUGUGUCUGUCAGCACUGUAUGAGCAUCAUCAUUCACAAGACACGGCCAGAGCAGUGCUAUGGAAGUUCCGUCGCGUUCUCUUGGACUUCAUCGGUUUCGCAUCCUACCUGCUUCAUCAGCACGAUCAUGUCAGACGCCCUCUACCGUGGACCGCUGCUGCACAGACGCUUGUCUGUCAGACAAUACUAGAAAGACCCAAGCGUGGAGUUACCGUAUACCCCUUGUAUUUCCAUAGCCGGCACGCACCUCUGUGGAUCGACUGGCACCGACACAACGUCCCUAUUGCACUCUUGUGGGCUCACGAAUACUCCCUCAUUCCCAUGUUCGACAUUCUCAAUCCUGAGAAUCCUCGCCAGCUGUUCAAGUUUGAUCCUACGACCUUCUAUCCCUCCCGUAUACACGUGCUUGCUGAACACCAUGGGUGCCAAAGCGGGAACGAGGUGCCGAGAGCAGAGGACUGGGGAAGGUUAGAACAUUGUUAUGAUUUUGAGGAUUAUAGCAGUUGGAUCAAGCAGGUCAACCUUCGCGUCUAUUUCCGUGACCGUCCUCGGAUCAGUGGAGGAUCAAGCACCCCGUCUAUCUCUUGGGAUGGUAUCCUGGGUCUCCCUGUAUUCUUUGGCAACAUACGUCCCCUCAUUGAUUACAAAAAGCGAACAUCUUCGGAUGCUGCAACUGUUCGUCUGGUUUCUCCUUCUCGUCCUUCAGAGUUGCCAGGUGACGAACCACCGGAGAGUACAAACUCUUCAAUAAAUGAGCCUACAUCGGAUGCCCCAAUGUUCCCGCAAUCCCUAUUCCCUCGGCGAGUUCGUAGUCUCGUGGGUCGGAUUCGUACGCCGAUGGUCUCUAUCGUGAAACUCAUCCAAGGGGCCUCUAUUCGUGCAAAAAAUGAUGGGAAUGGGAGUGGUUCCAUUGCCUUGGGUACCCAUGCACGCGAAAAUCGCUCUCGUCUACGGGUUGCUCCACACUUUUUGCUGUCUUGUCUACAUGCACUAUGCCGCACCAAGUCCCCUUCGUCACUGCAGGCGUCUUCUCCAAACAUGGCUGGGAAUUUAAUCAGUUCUAGUCCGUUACCUUUGAGUCAUACGAACAACACAUCACCGGCGGCCUCGAAUGACGAUAUCGACCUGCCGCUACCGAUGAUGCCAAACAACAUCGCUGUGGCGUCUGCCACUGAGCCAGUGGCUGUGGCCCACGAGGCGCUGAUUCUGAGACGCUUGCCCGAUAGCGAACCAUGUCUCCCGGAUUAUAUGGCAGACUCGUUGUCGACAUCAUCAAACAAUAUUCCUUCACCGUCGAAUACCACGGCUGCCACUGAAAUUCCAGCAACUUUUGCAUCCGUCACAGCUGCACUGUCUCCGGACAUUGACAUUCGCUCGUUACGCCAGGUAUGCUCAGCCGUCGAGCCCGUCGUCAGCAAGCUGCUGGGGUUCCUCUGCAAUCUGCAUCCCCCGGAUUACUACCCGCCUGCCAUGGAUUUGCCGUCCAACGGGCUCCAUCUGGUGGUCGAUUCUGGAUAUGCAAGUGCUUCGCGCAUAUCACUACCAGCUCGCUCAGAGCUUCGCGUGGCGCUAUUUCUCCUCGUCCACCCAGAUGUUAAAGGUCCCGAUAUACUGAGGUUUUGUCUUUCGCAUGGCCUGGCCUUCAAAUGGUUUUUUAGAGAGGCUUAUGGCAUACAGCGUGCACUUGCCUUCAGCACUGCUCGCCCCUUGAGGGGAGGCCAGCCCCCUAUUUGGGCACGCAUAGAGCGGGAGAUUCUUCCCGACCUCCCGAUAUCGGAUGAUCGUCGCUCGGCUCUGUUUGCUUAUCGUCACUCCAUUGCCGUCCUUCUGGGGCGAUCUCAUGUUCAACGUCUUCUCUCCUAUGGCGGCUUGACAUGGCGCCUAGUCUUGCAUUUCGCUGGGCCGGAAGUGCUUGAGCAUGUGGGUGAAGGCCCGUCUGCCACCUGGAUGUAUUAUCGACGUCAAGGUUCACCACCUACUGGUAAUGGCUAUGUGUUGGAAAACUUCUCCGACCCUGCUGAUGAUGAGGAACUCGCACUUCUAAUUGGUGCAUUCACGUCCGGAGCGUCCUAUUGGCCCCCAAUCUCGGUAUUUAUGGAUUCCUUCCAUUGGACGGGAGAGUGGACAGCUGAAAAUGUAGACUGGUUUGAGCGACGAUGGGCUGCUAUCGAAAAUCUCACCUCCGGGCCCAUAUCAAUUCGCCAAUGGCGCCGAAACUUUGCACGCGCCUCUUCACCACUUCAUAAUUCGAAUAUGGACAACCUACGUUCCGACUCCGCAGCACGCUCUUUCCUGAGGUCGUGUCGUGGCACCAGCGUUGCGAUUUGUGUGGUAAUCGUGCCCAGCUUCAUGAUUUGGGAUGAUGUUUCUCCAGUCAAGCAAACCGAAAGUCAGGAGGUUAAUCCAUGCACCGAUGGUGAUGCAUUGAUGGCUUGUAUCUCUGCUCAACGCGUGAAGUACUGGUGCUGGGUAACUUGCCGCCGCACUUCCACCAUCCCCUCCCGUGGCAAGUCGUUCCAAAACCACAGGGAAGGUAUAAGUGGAAUGAUUUGGGAUGGCAAAGCGGACCAAGCAGAUGUGACUCUCUGGCUGCCAGAACGUCGCUUGUAA